AUGGGUAUUAUCGAGAAAAUUCAACAGAUCGAGCUUGAAAUCUCAAGAACUCAAAAGAAUAAGGCCACAGAGUACCAUCUUGGUUUAUUAAAGGGUAAACUUGCAAGAUAUAGAAGAGAGCUUCUCGAACCUGCCGCUGGAUCAUCUGGUGGUAAGGGCCAAGGUUUCGAAGUUUCUAAAAGUGGUGAUGCAAGAGUGGUUUUGAUUGGUUUCCCAUCCGUUGGUAAGUCAACAUUCUUGAGUAAGAUCACCAACACCAAAUCGGAAAUUGCCCACUAUGCUUUCACAACGUUGACCUCUGUCCCAGGGGUGUUGGAAUAUCAAGGGGCUGAAAUCCAGAUUGUCGAUUUGCCGGGGAUUAUUAAGGGAGCUAACGAUGGUAGAGGUAGAGGUAGGCAAGUUGUGGCCACUGCCAAAACCGCCGAUUUGGUGUUAAUGGUUUUAGACGCUACCAAGGGGAAAGAUCAAAGAGCCAUUUUGGAAAAAGAACUCGAAGCUGUGGGGAUCAGAUUAAACAAAGAGCGUCCAAACAUAUAUUUCAAAGAAAAGAUGACUGGAGGGAUCAAAUUCAGCUCGACAGCUCCACCAAAGUACUUGAAUGAAAAGGUUGUCUCAGGUAUUCUUAGAGAUUACAGAAUUCAUAAUGCGGAUAUUCUUAUCAGAGACGAAAGCGCCACAAUUGAUGACUUCAUUGAUAUAAUCAAUGACAAGCACAUCAGAUACGUGAACUGUGUCUAUGCUUACAACAAAAUUGAUGCGGUAUCUUUGGAAGAAGUUGAUAGAAUUGCUCGGGAACCAAAUACAGUAGUGAUGAGUGUUGAAAAAGAUUUGGGUGUUGAUGAUGUUAUUGACGAAAUUUGGCAUAACUUGAACUUGAUUAAAGUCUAUACAAAGAGAAGAGGGGUUGCUCCAGACUUUAGUGAUCCAUUAGUGAUCAGAUGUGGCAGUACAUUGGAAACGGUAUGUAAUUCUGUUCACAGAGACAUGAAAAAUAAUUUCAAGCAUGGUCUUGUAUGGGGGGUUAGUGCCAAACAUUCGCCGCAAAAGUGUGGUUUGAAUCAUACUAUCGAAGACGAGGAUGUUGUUUCUAUUGUUGCGAAAUAA